AUGUCUGAUAAAACGGGUGCCAAGAGUACGGAACAAGCGGGACAGUCCGAGAAUAAUACCCCGUCUUGGUCGUCGAGGUUGUAUCGACAAGUUGGCUUCUCGGCCAAGAAGACAUGGCAGGAUAGAGGUGACAUCAUUCGUCAUUCUAAAGAGCUCUUUACUGGUGCAGGUCCAAAUGGACUUUCGUACUCUCAACUCCCAACAGCCUCAAGUAUACGGCUUCUUGAGGUCAAGCCUGGGAACCCCAGUGAGAUGCUGCAAUGCUCUCUCCACACAGUUGACUUAGCAGACAACCCCAAAUACCACGCGCUCUCAUACACAUGGGAGCUAGACCCACCAACCUUCCCUUACGAACUGAGAUAUCUGUCUCAAAAAGUUCCAAACUUCUCAAAAGCCGUCAGCAGCGGCGUCGACACAUUCAACCACACGCUCAAUCGCCUCAUGGUUCGGUCGCGUUCUGAGCCAGUAGAUCCAGAUGCCAAGCCAGUUGAAAACACGACCGACCGCGACAAGAUCCUGUGCGACGGCAAAGGCGUCUACGUCAAAUCUAACCUAUACCAAGCUCUUCUCCAACUCAGAAAAGCGCAUCCAGGAGUCUACUGGAUCGACGCAAUUUGCAUCAACCAAUCUAACCUUACGGAGCUGGGCCAACAAGUCCAGAUGAUGAACCGGAUCUACAGUUCAGCCUCUCAAGUCACGAUCUGGCUAGGUACUUGUCCCCACGUUUUCGCGCCAGGCGUAGCGAACCUCAUCGAGAUGACCAAAUCCGGACUUCCCGAGAUUACCGAGGCUGCUGAAUCCAAAGACUUUUACUACACCAGAGUCGGAACAACAUCGCUUUGGCAUUUAGUUCUCUGCGUCUUUUUCAUCGUCACGCGUAAAUGGUUUAAGCGGCUCUGGGUUUUGCAGGAGCUAUGCCUUGCCAAAGAGGCCAUAUUCCUCUUGGGAGAUUACGAACUCGAAGCUGAUGACAUCUCUGUUGCUUUUGGUUGGAUGAGGAGUAUUCUGGGCGCUUGGAAUACCAGUGGACUGCAUAUGUUUGCCCAGAUAUUGACGUGGGUUGGCGACAUGCCUGAUCAGGCUGUUUCGUUGCUCAAUUCACGCCGCACGAUUUCUGAGGGUGACAAAGUUGGUCUACAAGAAUGGUUCAGGCUGGUCAAGAACCGCGAGGCAAGAGAUCCGAGGGAUAUGGUGUAUGGCGGACUCGCUUUGAUCAAGCCAGAGACGCUAUUGAUGGAUCCAAGCUUAAAACAAGGCUCCGGCAGCUCAUCACUGGAUCAUGAUGAAAUUGCACCAGAUGGCACACGGCGAUGGCUAUCACUGCACGCAGACUAUGCCAUAGAAUUUCCCUCGGUUCUCGAGAAGGUGGCGCUGUGUCUUUUGUCGGGUCCUGAGCCAAUGAACCUCCUCUCGCUUGCAUCGCGAUACCGUUCUCCGUACUUCUACGACAUGACGAGAGACACAUGCAUCCACUACUCAGCUAUGAAGUAUGAUAAGCUGUCAGAGCUUGAACUCGAUGUGCCAUCAUGGUAUCCGGUCCCAUGGUUUGAGAAUUCGCGGGGUAUGAAGCCUCUCAUCUGGCAAAACAGCACACCACUCGAAAGCAAUUCCAAGAUGAUCAAUAGCCCAUCCGUAUCUGCGGACGGUAAAUCGCUGUUUCUCGAAGCAUCGCAAUUAGACGUCAUCGAAUCCUGUGUCCUCUAUAAUUUCUUCGGCGAUCUGGCGCACGAUAUGGAGUUGAUGAUCACGCUGAGCGACACGAAAAAUGAGCAAGCACAGGAAGCUGCGGCUUUGAAGGACUCUUUCAACUACGCUCCGCCAUUUCAUCUACUAGAAGUUAUACUCAGCAUGACUGUAAACGCAAGAUCGGUAGAAAAAUCGCCUCUUGAGGUCUUCUGUGACCUUCUCACUGCGGGAACGUGGGGAGGCCCGCAGAGCGGCAAGAUGAUCGGGUUCUGCCAAUGGAUUGACGACUGGGUAAACAACUACAUCAAAGAACAUGACAAGGAAAAAGCAAAAGUUACCGACGAAACACCCACCCGAAAGGAAUUUAUCGCCAAAAGAGAACCCAUCAUGGCAAAAAUAAAAGACGACUACAUCAAGCUACGCGCUGCAUAUCCAAAUGAACCGUGGUCACCCGAGGACCGCAAAGCCAUCUCGGAAGAACGCAAGACCCUAGCCUCACACUUCGCAAGAACCCUGCAAAUAGCACAGACGGUCCGAGCUCUGUUCGAGACCCAAAGCGGCAGACUCAUCCUUGCACCGGCCUGGGCUGAAAAGGGCGAUGUUGUGAUGGUGGUGAAAGGCGGCAAGGUUCCUUACGUCUUUACACCAAGAGAUGAGGACAUUAAGCGCAAGAUUGCCUUUAAAGAGAAGUACAACGGUGAGAUAUCGAUGGAGGCGUUGAAGGUACGGGUGGGACAUAAGGAGGCGGAGAAAUGGGAUGCGGCAAGUCUGCGGGGUGACAUUGGAGGUAAUGAGAUUUAUUUACUCACUGGUGAAGCUUAUUUGCAUGACUCGGAUUUGGAGGAAAUUCUGGCAAGGGAAUUGGAGUUUGGCAGAUUACAAAUCGUCUAA